AUGGUCACAAAAAAAGCUGGAAAUGCAGGGACUGCUACUGUGAAGGGGUACGGUAGAGGUGAUAUUCAUCCCAAUGUUUCUGGAAGCAAAGGUAGUAAUUGGAAUGGAGGGAAUAACAAAAGAGGAAGCUAUAAUAGUGUUAAUAAGGGUAAUAAAGGUUGGAAUAACAGAAGUCAUAGUGGGAAUUGGAAUAGGGGGAGUGUUAGCCAUUGGAAUCAUCAAAAGAAACAGGAGUUUGUUGCUGCAAAUAAUAAAUCUUUCAUUGUAGAUAAGCAGGGGCAUAAUAGGAAAGAGAGUGUGGAUUCUAGGAAAAAAGAUGAAAAGAUAUCAACAGAAUCCUGUCCUGCUUCUGAUUUGUUGGUCAAUAAUUCUGACAGUGGUCAAACUGAGGCUAUAGAAUCUAAAUGUGAUACCAGGGUGAAUUCCAAUCUUGGGAACCAUGAUUGUUUAAACCUAUGA